ACUUCCGGUGCGAUAGGCGCUGUCUCCAAUUUACGGCGUGGCAAGCUGAUCACAGCUCUGUUUAUUCAUCUGUUCAACUCCUGUAUCUUAACGAUCUUUUUUCGCUGAACUUGAUUCAGUUGGAUUCGCCAUGGCAAGACAGUGGUCUCACGGAUUGUUCGGUUGUUUUGAUGAUUGUGGCACAUGUCUCGUUACCUACUUCUGUCAUUGCUACACGGCUGGCAAGAACGCCGAGGCGGUCGGAGACAGUUGCCUGCUCUGUGGACUGGCCACUUUUGUUCCGCUGGCAAACAUCUUCUUCAUGGCGCAGAUCCGUUCUAAGAUCCGGGAACAGAAAGGCAUCGAUGGCACGUUCCUGAAUGAUAUUCUGGCGACUUGCUGUUGUCCUCUUUGCAUGCUGGUGCAAUCAGCCCAAGAAGUAAAAGGCAGUCCUGGAGCCAUGUCCAUCGCUCGGUCUUGAUCGAUGUGCGGCGUAAAAAAAAUGUUGCCCAUAAAGGUAUUCUCAACCAACUAUCUCAGUGACUGAAUUUGUUUUUAAAGGCUUCAAGAUCAAGAUACAGUCCAAGUAGUGACUCCAUUGGCGUAAGAUAUCAAAGCAUUGUAAUACAUCUCUUCGUAACGCCUAUAACUCUUGUUAUUUUUGGUAGUUUUACUGACUAUAAUGAUUCUAAAGUGCUUGAAACCCUAAAAGCAUCGCCAAACAAAGCGUUAUAUUCUGUUAAAGAGCGAGCCAUGUAUUCUUUAUGUAUACUAAUAGGGUUUCACCUCUCAUGUGUUUAAUGAAACGUUAAUCAUUAAUGAGCUCGAGUGAGUUUGUAUCUGGUAAUGUCACGAUUUUAGGCAUUUUUCAAAUGAUUCGCUGUUAUUACGAGCCGUUACAGUUUUUCUUUUUUUUUUUUUUUUGUAGGUUUUUGGU